AUGCGAAUCGUGCAGAUGCUUCCUGACAACACGCUUGUGGGGCGCUUCUUCUCGGUGGGCCACUCCAACAAUGAGGCCGACCAGUUCUUCAAGCUGCUGGAGAAGCACAAUGUCAAGGAGCUCGUGGAUGUGCGCAGCAUCCCCUCUAGUGGCAAAUUCCCGCACUUCAAGCGGAACGCACUUCAAGCUCAGUGCCAGCGCCGAGGCAUUGCCUACCGCCAUUGCCCGCAGCUGGGCAACAAAGGAGUAGAUGGUGGCAUCCUGGCCCUACUUGCCACCGAGGACGGCGCAGCAGCUCUGGAGAAGUUGGCCUCCAGCGCCCGCCAGGCCACGCUGCUGGGCCCGAAGACUGCGAUGAUGUGCGCCGAGGCAGAUUGGCACGAGUGCCACCGGCAAGUGGUGGCCCAGAGACUACUGGAGGAGUUCGGCAUAGUGGUCGCGCACAUCAAGCGCGACGGGUCGCUGGAGCACCAUCCCUCUGACCAUGUUCUGCCCCCGUACUUCGGGGCGGCCAGAGCUCCGACGUUGGCUCCCCGAUUUGCCUCCGCCUAUUCGGCAGAGGCCUUGUGCUGUGCAGAGCCUUCCCUCCAUGCUGGCUAUUCGCGUGCAGGCCCGAGCCUGGCUGGAACUGGGCACGGUGACGGGCCGCUUGGGGACCUCACGGCGUUUGCACCAAGGGAUCCCCUGCAGAUGCCGCAUACGCCUCCAGCGCCGGCUGCUGCGGAUCUGCCACCAGAGCCGCCGUCAUCCGAGGAUGCCAAACCCAAACGCCGGUGGAAGCGUGCCUGA